AUGAAUAGUUUGCAAUUAUGGGCUGCUUUACAAAACAUACCCUGCGAUACUAUAGGCGUUUAUGCUGCGGACGAGAUACCUACGUUUUGGGGUAAACCUGCUGCUAUUAUCGCUAAUACUGACGACCAUACAAAACCUGGAACACAUUGGGUCGCUAUGUACGUCGGACGGGACGGCGUCGGACACUAUUUCGACAGCUACGGGUUACCACCUAUCAUCCCACAGCAUCUCGCCCACUAUAGAAAAAACUCAGUAGUAGAUGUUGCGGACACUACAGGCGAAUUUUAUUCAUGUAGAAUAGUUUUAGAUGCAGGAUCGCAAUCAAACUUUAUCUCUGAAUACUGUUGUAAUAAACUGAAGUUGCCCAAGAACACUGUAAAUAUUCCUAUCAAGGGAAUCGGAGAAACUCUUUCACAUGUUAAAUCCUCAACAAGCGUGUUAGUCAAAUCUAGGGUGAAUGCAUUUAAACUCAAAUUAAAUUGUCUAGUUAUUCCAAGAUUAACAGAUGUAUUACCUCCGAAAGUAAUUGAUCGCGAGUCACUUGGCAUUCCUAAAAAUCUAAAUCUAGCAGAUCCUGGAUUUGAUAAACCGUCACAGAUUGACAUACUUAUUGGUGCGGAAUAUUUCUAUCAUUUGUUAUGUGUAGGACAGAUUAGAUUAAAAACAGGCUCAACUAUAUUACAAAAAACAAAAUUUGGAUGGAUAGUGGCUGGUAGAACUGAGUUUGGUAAUUCACUAUCAUUUAGUUCAUGCCACAUCUCUCGAUGCUCACUCGAUGACGCUGUGCAGAGGUUUUGGGAGAUAGAAGAACUACCAGUUAAGAAGACAUUAUCGCCGGAGGAUGAAAACUGUGAGCAGUAUUACAAGAAAACCAUAGAAAGACUUCCUUCUGGUCGAUAUUCAGUAAGAUUACCAUUUAAUGAGCAGAAACAAGAAUUAGGCGAAUCGUAUGGAAUAGCUGUAAAACGAUUACUGAGUUUGGAAAGAAGACUGAAUACAAAUCUUAAGUUACGUGAUGAAUACCAUAACUUUCUUCAAGAAUAUCAAUCACUUGGACACAUGACAGAAAUAAGAGAGCCAAUCAUGCAAGAAGGAUGCUUUCUUCCUCACCAUUCAGUUAUAAAGGAAUCAAGUGUAACCACUAAACUUAGAGUGGUCUUUGACGCAUCAGCAAAGACAACAAGUGGUGUUUCGCUGAAUGACACUCUAUUCAAAGGUCCAGUGGUGCAACAAGAUCUCUUUUCAAUAGUGCUGAGAUUUCGUCUACAUGACAUAGUAUUCACAGCGGAUAUUCAAAAGAUGUACAGACAGGUAUUAGUACAUCCUGACGAUCAUAAAUUUCAAAGGAUUCUAUGGAGAAACAAUUCGGAAGAAGCAAUACGGGUCUAUGAGCUCAACACAGUAACGCAUGGAACAUCGGUCGCUCCAUACUUGGCAACACGCACUUUAAUUCAGCUAGCGGAAAAUGAAAGACAAAACUACACAGAUGCAGUCGAAAUUGUCACAAGAGAUAUGUAUGUUGACGACUUACUUACAGGAACGGAAACACUGGAACAAGCUAAGAUAUUGAAGACUCAAAUCACAAAGUUGUUGAGUAGCGGAGGCUUCGAACUAAGGCAAUGGGCCUCUAAUCAUCCACAGCUCAUUGAAUCCCAAUCAGCUGAACGACAAGAACAUUGGUGUCUCGAAUUCUCAGAGAUGCAUAAAACAUUAGGGAUUUUGUGGAAUCCACAGCAGGAUAAUUUUUUAUAUCAUUUUACGAAAUGUCAAGAUUCAUCUAAGAUAACAAAACGAUUGAUUUUAUCACAAAUUGCUUCCUAUUAUGAUCCCUUGGGACUAGUAGGCCCAGUCACUGUAAAGACCAAAAUAUUGCUGCAAAACAUUUGGAAGCUACAACUAUCAUGGGAUGAAACAGUACCAAUCGAGAUUCAUACAGCAUGGAAAACAUUUCAAGAAAGUAUGUCUGAAUUAAACAACAUUUCGUUUCCUAGACAUGUUUGUUUAAAACAAGCAGUUGACUUACAAUUGCAUGGAUUUGCGGAUGCUAGCGAGGUCGCUUAUGGAGCAUGUGUUUACAUGAGAUCUGCGAACGCGGUCAAUGCACACCAGGUUAUGUUAAUCUGCUCAAAGUCUAGAGUAGCUCCAAUAAAGAAGAAGCUGUCGCUACCUAAACUAGAAUUAUGUGCAGCAUUACUCUUAUCACAACUCUGUCAAACAGUGUUAAAGGCUUUCCACGUAACCGUGGAUAAGGUUGUUUUAUGGUCGGAUUCAACUAUAGUUUUACAUUGGAUACAUACCCAUCCAUAUCGUUUAAAAACUUUUGUAGCAAAUCGUGUGACUGCUAUUCAGGAGGCCAUGACAUCAGCUAGUUGGAGACAUGUUUCAUCACAAGACAAUCCAGCCGACCUACUUUCGAGAGGAAUCUUUCCAUUACAACUUAUCAAUUGUACCCUUUGGAUUCAUGGACCGACAUGGUUGUCGGAUGAUGAGCAACAUUGGCCAAAGCUCACAUUAACUCCAAUUGAGAUUCCAGAACAACGAACGACUAUUUCCUUGAAAACAGAAGGAAGCUCUGAUCUUUUGCGGAGAUUUUCGUCGCUUGUGAGACUUCGUAGAGUUGUGGCAUGGUGUCUUAGGUUUAUCAAUAACUGUCGUUCAAAGCAUAAGGUUCAGGGAAAUCUAAUCAGUUCUGAGCUAGAGCAUGCGACGUCUGUUAUCAUUAAAUUAGUUCAAUCCGAGGCAUUUUCACGAGAAAUACAAUCAUUAGAGGCAGGAAAGACUCUCAAAAAUAAUAGUAAGAUCUUAUCAUUACAUCCGUUUUUAGACUCCAUCGGAAUAUUGCGAGUUGGUGGUAGACUUGUGCAUGCUAAGUUAAACUAUGAUCAAAGGUAUCAAAUUCUUUUACCAGGAAAUCAUUAUAUAACAGAAUUAAUUAUUCAGAAUGCGCACAUAUCACAACUACAUGCAGGACCUCAGACAACACUCUAUCACGUUCGACAAAAGUUUUGGCCAGUAAAUGCGAAAGGCCAGGUCAAAAAGAUUUUUAAUACGCUUAUCAUCGAGAUUGAAGCAAUACUUAAUUCUAGACCGCUAACGCCACUGUCAUCGAGUCCAGAUGAUUUAGCCUCAUUGACUCCAAGUCAUUUUUUAAUUGGAGGUUUGCUCUCAUCAAUCCCAGAAGUUGAUUUUACAAAUACUCAAACUAAUAAAUUGUCCCAGUGGCAACACAUUCAGAAACUUAAACGUGAUUUCUGGAAUCGAUGGAGCAAGGAGUAUUUGACUGAAUUGACACAACGUACAAAAUGGAAAUCAGGAACAGGCAAUUUAAAUGUAGGUGAUUUAGUUUUAUUGCGCGAAGACAAAACUCCUUCAUUGUAUUGGCCUUUGGGCCGGGUUACUGAACUAUAUCCUGGCCAAGAUGGCAUUGUAAGAGUCAUAGCAAUCAGGACUGCAAACGGAAAUUAUAAACGUGCAGUAAAGAAUGUCGCACUGCUUCCUAUGAACGAACAUUUGUAA